AGUUGAGUUGGGUUCAGUCCAGCCCUUCACACCUUCCCCGCUACCGAAGCCCUAGGCGGACACUCCCAGACACAGUACAACGCAUAAAGGCGUGGAAAAACGUGGUACACGAGUUCGGAACUUCAACCGCCUGUUGCACAGCACCAGACUUCACACACCAGAAGCAGCGGGCACAGCUGCAGCGGACUCAGCAGCAGUCAGGGGUGGGAACAAUGAGCGCUCUUCCAGUUAACGAGAACUAUCCUGGCGAAGCGCCUCCACCCUAUUACCAGCAGCAAGCGGCCGUACCCGGACAAGACAUGGCACGCUGCAAGGGUUGCGGACAGCAAUUCGUUCGCAAACCAGGAGAAAACCCCGCGUCUGCCCAGUGGCAUCGGUGCGAGAACUGCAACAAGCGACAGACGCGGGACAUGCUCCUCGUCAAUGCUACGUGCGGAGCGUCGUCACUCUGCAGCAUCCAAUGAGAUACGCGUACCGUACAAGGAGGCUGGGCUGGGCAUUGUUCUUCGUUUGUGUCUGCUGUCAGGGCUUUUCCCGGCUUGCUUUAGAUAUGGCAAUCGCCCUUUGUUGGAGGAGACAGUGAGGAGGGUGGUCGCCCACGACAAAUCGAAGAGACGUUUGUUUAGGCACCGUUGCUGGUGCGGGAAGACUCUCUGAUCUUCUUCCGCUUCUGGGUGCUCGUGAUAUCAUACUGUUUGUUGUACACUGUAGGUGUCGGACAUCACAUACAUUUGAGAGCCAUGGAGUCCUUGGAUCCCGGACACGAAGAGAGCCUAUGACUACUACUGUGUCUAUGGUGGUGGGAAUGGUGGGCAUUUAUGAAUAUUCGUGACCUACCUUCGUGGAAAUGGUUGGGGGGAUUAGCACCUUCGUCAGUAUGGAGGAGAUGCCGGGGGUGACUGUAGAUGGUAGCAAGUUGCAAUAUUUUUCGUUUGUAUAGAUUACUUUGUGUCGUACCCGAGUGGUUUAAAUUGAAAUACGUAGCUAUAGGCUGCAUACCUGGAGGCCGUUCGUAUGCAGCGCGACAUGCCUAACACAGCACGAUACUUAAAGUGCCGUCAAAUUCUGCUUUUGAUUGUGUUCGGUGUCAAGGAGAGGUGGACCUACUGGAGUGGAGUAUUAUGGCGUGUGAUGUUCGUGUGUCCGUUUGUUUGGCGGGUAUGUCUCUUGUCGUCAACGGUGGGCUUGGUCCCGCUUUUAUCGUGCUGAAGAACACGAUUUAUCUGUGUUAUGGGUUGGGACGCCUACACUACUAGAAUGCGCAUGCCCAAUAGCCCCGACGUCCUUGACCGUGUGGGUGCUCAUUGUGUGGCACGAGCAGCAAGGAGCAGCAGUCUAACCUACGGUCAUCUUGCACGCGAUACCUUGCUGGAACUCGCUCGUUGCAUGAUGACCUCACCUUGCACAUAAAGAGCGGAUGUUCACACUGGCGCAGCCUAUUUUGUCAG